UUUUCGGGUACCCCAUGUCGUCCCAAAUCCUAGUAAGCCAUAGGACGAGAGGAUUUGUGCCAAAUCGCAUUUGUGUUUAAAUUCAUUGAUAAUAUAUAUAUAUUUUACCCUUUAAACUCUUAUGUAUAAAUACCCAACACAAAAACCUAGCCAUCGUCCGUGCUUUUCUGUUCGGCCGCUCCAAGCCUCCCACCCGAUUGAGACUCCGGAGGACGGAAAAGACGGAGGAAAAACCCAGGGAAGACGUCGGAAAAAUCAACGAAAACAACGGAAAGAAGGAAAAAAAUUGAAAGACAUCAAUUUUGAACAUGUGGGCACUAAGGAACUUUCAGAGGCGUUGUUUGAGGACCAUGUUAUUUCUCCAAAACAGGAGUUCUUUGUUUGGAGAUAUAUCAUGGCAGAUGCAAUCCAAUAAUGUUAUCCAACCAAAGUCACCAAAUGAAAUGUACUCUUCUUCCCUGUCUACAUUGAGCUGCGUAAGUGGGUCUCGGAUGAUGUCUACGGCCAAAGGAAGGAGCAUGAGGAGCAAGGUGGAGAAGAGAAUGCGGAGAGAAACAGGCAAAACCCUAAGGGAAAUCCGACGUGCAAAGAAAUUGAGAAAGAAGUUGAUGACAGAAGAAGAGAGGCUCAUAUACAACUUAAGGCGAGCCAAGAAAAAGGUGGCUUUGCUUCUACAGAAACUGAAGAAAUAUGAGCUACCAGAGUUACCACCUCCUCGACAUGAUCCUGAACUUCUAACCACAGAGCAGCUUCAGGCUUAUAAAAAGAUUGGCUUCAGAAAUAGAAAUUAUGUACCAGUUGGAGUCCGUGGAGUCUUUGGAGGAGUUGUGCAGAACAUGCAUCUCCACUGGAAGUUUCACGAGACUGUACAAGUUUGUUGUGAUAACUUUCCCAAGGAAAAAAUCAAAGAGAUGGCAACGAUGCUUGCAAGAUUAAGUGGGGGCAUUGUGGUUAACGUACACAAUGUAAAAACAAUUAUCAUGUUUCGUGGAAGAAAUUAUCGGCAACCAAAAAAUCUGAUACCCAUCAACACACUUACUAAAAGGAAGGCAUUGUUCAAGGCGAGGUUUGAGCAGGCUCUUGAAUCUCAAAAGUUAAACAUCAAGAAAAUAGAACAGCAGCUACGUCGCAAGGGUGUCAACCCUGAGGACCCAGUUGCCAUGGCCAGCAUCCAGAGAGUGGCUUCCACCUUCUUCCGAGCUAUUGAUGAGAAGCAAGGAACUCCCUAUGUCUUUCAUGGGGACAGGCAGCCAACUUCUGAGACUAUUGAUACGCCAGAGGAUGUUCCUGACCUACCUUCUGAAGACAGUGACCAAGAGGAGCUUGAUCGCUUCAUUGCAGAAAUAGAGGAUGCAGCAGACCAGGAGUGGGCAGCAGAGGAAGCUGCAGAAAAAGAAGAGUCAGCACGGAUAAGGUACUGGGGGAAAGAUGAUAUGGGGAUGCGAGGUAGGAGUCCAAAAUGGAGUGGUGAUUCAGAAGGUGUGCAUGGAGACCAUGGAAGAGGUUGGGCUAGUGUUAGUAGUAGGCAAAGAAGCACAGAUAUAAGAAAAUGGGAUAGUGGUGACGAGAUCUCUGAUGCAUCACAAGGUGAGGAGUGGGACUCAGAUGAUGAAGUGGGUGAGGGGGUAGCUAAUAUUGAUAGUGACACAGAUAAGGAAGAUUAUACACACAGAAGUCUGGUCAGCAGAAGACAGAAGAGCAGCAGAACUGGGCGGGAGGAAGCUCCUACAAAGACAGGUAGCAGAAGUUUGAGAGAAAGAGCUGAUGAAGUGGAUACAGAGUCAGAUGGUGAUAUGUUUGGGGAAGCAGAUGAUGGGUUGUGGGAAACAGAUGAUGAGGAGAAACAUGGUUCACCGGCUUUUAGAGGCAAUAUAUAUGAUUAUCACAGUGGCAAAGAUGAAGAUGGUAACAGCUAUGGUAGGAAAAAUGCUGGGAUGGGUGAAUCGAAAAAAAGAAUUGAUGAGAGUUGGGACAGUGACUAACUCAUGAGAAUCGAGGAAUUUCAAAAGUUUGAGGGUGUUAAACAGGUUGGGUACUGAAUGCUGUAUGGCUGCAGAAUACCAAUGUUGCUAAUCACAUAUGAUGGUAUUCCUAGGUCACUCUUUUGCUGGCGCCUCAAAAUGGAUGGAUGAGAAGUUUUCUGAUAUUCCAAUUAAUUCAAGGAUAAGGUAUGAUUCACAUUAUGGUCAUUAAUACUGGUUCAUUGAAGAGCUCUGGUGUCCCAAUUAAUUUAAGGGUAAAGAUUAUUGACUACAUGGUGACUAGUAUUGGAGAUAAGAAGCUUGAGAAUGUACCAGUUAAUUCAUCUGGGGGUAAAAAAUGAAUCAUGUGAAGAUUAGGGGGUACCGGUUUCGUUCACAUUUGAAUGGAUGUUUGUUUGGCCAGCCUUUGUGUUGGUGAUUGUUGUUUCCGCAUUAACUGAUGCUGUCCCUUGUUUCAACAAGUUUAACAUUAUGAGGCGAACCAUGAUAUUGUCCAAACUUUCAAAUUAACCAGGAAGGAAAGCAUGUGGUAUAUUGAUAAUAAAAAAUUAUAAUAUAAAACUAUAGAAGCUGAGGAUUUGGUGAGAUAAAAGUAUAACAAUCUGUUCUUGUUUUGAAAAAAAUGUGCUGAUAAUGAAAGGAUUUUUGGAGAGAUUAAAUUCCUUCCAUUUUCGUG